GAGGAAUCAGCUGCUGAAAAAAACACAAAAAAAUGUGUCAACAUUGUAUGUAAGUACGUCAAGUUGGGGUUAGGGAAAAUAUGUGGCUGAGGAUCGUAGCAUGUGGUGAACUGAUAACCUGUUGGGCUGGAUGAUAUUGUUAACACAGGUGUUGCAUAAUUUUGAGUUAGUAGAAGCCACACGUAUUAUUCCAAGCAACAGGUUGAAUAAUCAAAAAUGGAGCAAACUGCUGUGCUUUGGAUGCUGUCAAUGGUGAUGCUGGUGGGAUCGUACCUUGCCGGAUCCCUUCCACUGGUUAUGAACCUUUCGGAGGAUAAGCUGCAAUUAGUCUCGGUUCUCGGAGCUGGUCUUCUCGUAGGAACUGCUCUGGCUGUGAUAAUUCCUGAGGGAAUAAGGGCUCUCUUCAGUGGAGCAUCUACUACUAUUACUCCAGCUGCUCACGAGGAACAUAGUGAUCCCCACAGUUUGAUUGGAAUCAGCCUCGUCCUGGGCUUUGUUUUCAUGCUCCUCGUGGAUCAAUGCUCGAAUAGGAGAUCAGGGGGAAAGGAGAAAAGCAUGACAGCUACUCUAGGACUCGUGGUUCAUGCUGCUGCGGAUGGAGUUGCUCUCGGAGCUGCUGCCACUACUUCCCAAGCUGACGUUGAAGUCAUCGUCUUUCUGGCGAUCAUGUUGCACAAAGCACCGGCAGCUUUCGGAUUAGUAUCUUUUCUACUACACGAAGGGGUGGAUAAAAAGAGAAUCAGCCGACAUUUAUUGGUAUUUUCGUUAUCUGCACCUUGUCUGGCACUCAUUACGUACUUUGGUAUCGGAAAGGAAGGGAAAGAGACACUCAGUAAUGUCAACGCAACGGGUCUUGCCAUGCUGUUCAGCGCUGGAACAUUCCUCUACGUAGCGACUGUUCAUGUUCUCCCAGAACUCAUGACCAGGAACACCAACGCCUACUCGCACUUGCCUUUAGCUGAGGGGGUGCCUACCCCGGCAUCUGGACUAAGGUUUAAAGAAAUUGUAGCUCUUGUCGUUGGUUCAUUCUUGCCUGCACUCCUCACGACGGGUCAUCACCAUUGACACCAACAAAUCAUGUCAGUUGGAUUUGUUGAAACUCGAAAACACGACGCAUCGGUAGAAACGAAGGAUCAUUUGUUGAGCAUAAUUAAUAUAGGUUUCAGUGGAGGGGUGACUCAUGGGCACUGAUAAAAAAAAUUCACGUAAUUUUCCAAUAGAACUUUAUAAAUCGAUCGAGAUAAUAGGUAAAUUCAGAAAAAAAUCACUGAAUCUAAGAGAAAUAGCGAAAUUUAUGUAGGGAUUUUUUUGCAGCGCUCAUUUCAAUGUACAAAAGAGGUCCUCAUCAAAAUUUUGCUAUUUCUCUUAGAUCUGGAGAGGUUCCUCGAAGGGUCAAGAAAAGGGAAAAACUCAUGGGAUUUCAAAUUUCAAGAUUUGAAGUUUAAUUUUCGGUGGAUAAUUGACAAUUUGCUGUGGAAUGGAAAAACUGAAAAUUCAACGAAAAUGUCGUGUAUCGAAAUUCCCGGACUUUUACUGGCAACUUCAGUGGAAAAUUUAGCAGAGGAGGAAUCUCAUGAAAUUUCGAAAUGUAAAAUUGAAAUUCUUUCAUACAACUUCUUUGUACAUUGUACCUGAGAGGUUUUUGAUAUAUUGUUAUUAUAUUAUCGUUUUAUGAUACUUGGGACAUUAAUGUGUGCAGAGCUGGGUUGAGGUUUACUUCCCAUUGAAAAUUGAAAUCGCGAUGACUGUAUUAUCCCCACGUCAUUGAAUAAGCCGCAAAAAAAAAUAUUCAAACGAAUAAUCCACAUGUCACAGAAUAUUUUCUUUCAAUUGAAUUCUCCAUGUCAUGUCAUUAUUCGAAACCAAUUCACUUUUAUUACUAAAAAUACGGGAGUAGAAUAGAUAAUACUAUUUUAUUUAUCCAUUUCGAUGGAAUGAACUCUAUCAUUUAAAUAUCAUUCAAGUUAAAAGAAAAGUAAAUAAUCGUAAAACUUGGAUUUCCAUCAAUUAAUUCUCAACUCUGCACGUCGCUAUACUAGAGAGUAAGUCUUCAAUAAUUCCACACAAUUAUGAUUUUUUAUAUAAUUUAUUUAGGGAAGGUAUGGUAAAAAUUAUAUUUUUGUUUGGAUGGGGCAAUGUAAUGAGGUGUAAUCUAGUAGAUAGAAUAAUAAAAAUGUGUAAAUACACUUGACAUCAAUGAUGGAACUUGGUGAGUGUAUUUGGGGACUGAUUAUCACAAGGACACAAAAGAUAACGAGUGUCCAGAAUCAAUAUGCAAUAAAAAAUAUUAUAGGCUCUGAA